AUGGCCUGGAAAGACGUGAGUGCUUUAGAACUAUGCAGUGGCAGCGUAUUUGGAUGCUUCUCGACCUCAGCAGUUGAUGCCUCUUCAUUCCUACAGAUCGGGAUCCCAGGCCUUGGGCAUGUGCACAUUUUGGCCUCCAUUCCUACUUACCUCAUGUAUCUUCCAGCCUUCCUGGGAAACUGUACUAUCCUCUGUGUCAUCAGAACGGAGCCUUCUCUGCAUGAGUCCAUGUACUAUUUCCUCUCCAGGUUGACCUUCUCUGACCUGGGCCUGUCUUUCUCCUCCAUUCCCAAGAUGCUAGGAAUAUGCUUGUUCAAUUCCAUGGGGAUUUCUGCUGACAUGUCCAUUGCCCAGGAAUUCUUCAAUGGAUUCACAGAUAUCGAGUCUUCAGUGCUGCUCACUGUGUCCUUCGAUUGCUGGCACCUACUGAAAUACAGCUCCAUCCUCACAAGCUCCAGAGUUGUGCAAACUGGGCUAGUCUUCGCUGUUAAAAGCAUUCUCUUGGUGCUCCCCCUUCCAUUGACUUUAAGGAGCCUCAGAUACUGCCACACGCACCUUUUAUCACAGUCCUAUAGUCUCCAUCAGGAUGCCACGAAGCUGGCCUGCUCUGACAACAGGGUCAGUUUUUACUAUGGUCUGUUUAUUGCACUCUGCAUGAUGUCAGACUGUGUAUUCAUUGCUGUGUCCUAUGUGCUCAUCUUGAAGACUGUGUUAGGUAUUGCACUCCAUGGAGAGUGGCUCAAAGCUCUCAACAUCUGUGUCUCCAACAUCUCUGCUGUGCUCAUCUUCUAUGUAACUAUCGUUACUCUAGCUGCCAUGAACCGCUUUGCAAAGCAUAAGUCUCCAUUAGCUAUGAUUCUGAUAGCAGAUGCUUUCUUGCUGGUACCACCAUUGAUGAAUCCCAUUGUAAAAGCUCAUCAAAUGAGAGUAAAAGCCUUAGAAAAAUGGGGUCUGCAUUCUAAGUAA